CUGUGUCUGUGCCACUGCUCACUCCCCACCUUCACUUCACCACUCCACUGUCCACUGCCCAGCUCCAAUCUCCCGAGCUCCGGCCGCGAGCAAGUAAAAUACUCCUCCCUCCCGACUCCACUCCCUCCGAGUCAACUGACUGACUGACGAUGGAUCGGCACGGGCACGGGCAGCACCACCGGCUGGUGACGAUGCCGCGGGAGGGGGAACCUUCAUCCUACGCGGGGGCCGGCGGGGGCGUGGACGUGGUGGCGCGGGAGGCGGCGGCGCAGGCGCUGGGGGCGGUGGUGCAGCUGCACUUCGACAAGACGGUGGAGAAGAAGCGCAGCGCCGACGCGCAGAAGCAGGAGCUCUGGCGCCUCUUCCUCGCCUUCUUCCUCUUCCUGGCGCUCGUCCUCUCCGCCGUCGCCGGCGGGGGCCGCCUCCAGUGCCGCCACCUCUGGGCCCCCGCGGGCCUCCUCUCCCUCGCCCACCUCGCCUUCUACGCCGCCGUCGCGCACCACCUCCGCUGCCUCAACGGCUUCAGGUACCAGCGGCGGUGCCACAAGCUGACACUGGCGCUGGCGGCGGACCGGCUGCGGAUGCUCAAGUCGGCGGGGGAGGUGGUGGCGGCCGCCGACGUGGAGGUGCCCUACCAGGAGCCGCACGAGACCUACCUCGCCAAGUUCAAGCGCAGCUGGGCCAUCCACUUCGCCUUCCUCAUCGCCACCUUCGCCUUCUCCGUCGCCGCCGCCGUCGCAGUCCUCUGCUUCUAGCCCUACCCCUACCCCUACCCCUAGCCUACCCCUAGCCUAGCUGCCACCAUUACCUUCUUCUCCUCCUCCUCCUCUCUGCUUCUUCUGUUCAUCAGGAUUACUAGUAGAAUCGAAUCGAAUCGAAUCGAUUGUGCUGUGCUGUGUUCCACCAUUAGCAAGCAAGCAGCACCCAGAAAGAAAGAAUGUCCUACAGACAGCAGCACCAAGAGUGAGUGGGAUCUGUUUGCUUGCCUGCCUGCCUGCUAACAUUCAUUAAUGUCAAGGAUCUUCGUUGGCCAUGAUUGUGACCAACUCUGCUUUGCUUUCA